GAUCUAUUAACAGAGUCCAAUUGUAUGAAAUGGGGAACUGAUAACGGUGUAAUAACAAUGAGAUUCAAGUCAAGUAUGAUGUGUAAAUUUCAACAUUACUUGAUUUAAUUCUGAAGAGGUAUUGGGAUAUUUCUGCAUCAAAAAUAAAACUGAAGGAAAGCGGAAGUCGUAUCCUGAUUGAUGCAAUUUACGGCAUGUUAUGGCAUUCCAUUAUAAAUAAUUAGAAAAAACGUACACUUUAUGAAAUCCGCACUCUCAUUUUUCGUACCUACAGUAUUUGACUUUAACACGUGCAAACAAGGUUUUACCAAAUUACAAACUAAAAGUGAGGUCUCGUAAAUAAAAUAUUGAAUUGAGGGACGCAGUGAUGUCAAAUGACAAACGCCCGAUACUCCCCGAGGCGGUGCUUCCGGGUGAGAGUAUUGUUCCCACAAAUACGCUACCCAAAACAGAUGGUCCACAACAUAACCCUAACAAUAAUGCUGACGACGAUGAAAGUUUUCCUGAACUGAAUAAAAUCCCGGGAGAUAAUCUAAAGUUCAGCAAGACCAAUGGGCUCACCGUUUUAACUACGGCAGUUUUUAUAGUUGGAGAAAUGGCCGGAAGUGGCAUCCUUGCUUUACCAGAUGCGGUAAAAAAUACAGGGUGGAUUGGUAUUGUGCUUAUAUUGGCGUGUGGCCUGGGAGCAGGGUUCACAGGGGUCAGACUAGGCCAAUGUUGGGUCAUAGUACAGAGUCGAUAUACAGAAUACCAGGGGCACGUACGAUAUCCUUACCCGGCUAUCGGCUACAAAUGUUUUGGAAACUAUGGACGUUAUCCGGUCUCUUUUUGUAUUAACUUUACCCUGUUUGGUGUUUCGACGGUGUUCCUGUUGCUGGCCGCCCAGAAUAUUCAGUCACUCAUUUUCUCAUGGACGGGCACGCAUUUCUCCUAUUGCAUCCUGUUGAUUAUACUAGCUGCAAUUUUACUCCCAUUGUCAUGGUUAGGAACGCCAAAUGACUUCUGGUUCGUUGGCGUCGGGGCGAUGGCUGCUACAGCAGUCGCUUGUCUACUUCUAUUCAUUGGAAACCUUCUAGAAUCCCGUGGUGUAGAUAUUAGUACUGUUAAACACACACGUCCGACAUUUCAAUCUUUCUUCCUCGGUUUUGGCGCCAUUUUGUUUUCAUUUGGCGGGCAUGCGGCAUAUCCCACAAUACAACACGAUAUGGUUGAGCCACAGAAGUUUCCCAAAGCGAUAUUGAUAGCAUAUUCAACUAUCAUGUGUAUGUACAUUCCUGUCUCUUCAUCCGGGUAUUUCAUCUUCGGAGACAACUUACAGACCAACGUUUUACAGAAUCUAAACACACAGCCGGUUAUCCGACAAAUUGUGGAAGUCCUCAUCAUAUUGCACCUUAUGCUCGGGUUUAUUAUCGUCAUCAAUCCCCUCAGCCAAGAAGUAGAAGAACUCUUCAAGAUUCCACAUUCGUUCAACUGGAAGCGGUGCCUUCUCAGAUCUGGGAUUGUUUGUCUCGUACUCUUUGUUGGCGAGUCAAUACCUCAUUUUGGUGUAAUUCUCAAUCUCAUUGGUGGCUCUAGUACGACAUUUCUAGUAUUCGUCUUUCCGUCAAUAUUUUAUCUGAAGCUGUGUAGCAUGAAGGGAGACUGGGAUGAAAUAGAAGUUGAGCUGUGGGAAAAAGUUCUUUUAAUUAUAUUAUGCUCAAUAGGCGUAGUUGGUGGCGUCGCUUCAACAGUAUCAACAAUACAAUCAAUGGUGGACCCGAAAACAUUUGUACCACCGUGUUACGUUAAUGGUGGUGUCUAGUUGAAUGAUACACCACCAUGUUACGUCUGUACAACCUGGAUACGUAAAUGGUGGUGUUGUGGAAUGCACUCCCGAAGUGUGGAAAUGUGUGUUACGUUCACUGUGGCAUUGAGAGUUCAUUUUACAUCUUCACCACCAUGUAACUUUAAUGAUAGUGCCGUUUGUACAUCCUAACCACCGUCAGACCGCAACAAAAGGGACAUUAAACUUGCAUAUAAAAUCGAAAGGCGAACUUAUACGAAUGACCAGUC